AGUGCAAAGUAGUGUUCUGUGGUUAUACCGUCAUUUUAAACUGUUUUAUGUGCCGACAGUCGACACAUGGCACAUGACUUAUUCUCCAGUAUUGAGUGUUGAGUAUGUCACAACUCACAUUAUUCCACAGGUAAAUACAAUAGGUACAUGUAUUGUAUAUAUCUGUGCGUUCAUUAUUGUUUAUUAUCGUAAUAGUGUCCGUAAGUCCGUUUUCUUUUCAUAUUAUGAACAGUGAAUUGAAUAAUCGUAGGAAUUCCGGUUAUUGGUUUCGGCAAUCAAUGGAUUUUAAGAUUGAAGUAUUGACGAUAUUAAUAUUAUGAAGUAACACUGUUUGGUUUUUUCCCAGCCCCUUCUAUUCUGUGAUGUAGUUCUGUUCACUGUCCAAUUAUUACCAAUAGUAUUGUGCGCCUGACUUUGUCUUAAAUCAAGGUUCUUGAUCUGCGAAGAUCGUUUAAAUUUUUCACCAGAUUACUUAAAUGAAGAUUUCGUGCGCACUGGUUGACCAAAACUGCGUUUAAAAUUGACAACGCUUCGUAUUUUCGCAUGAUCAUAAUGUCCGUGUUCAAAAACGUUUGGAAUUGGGUGACUGGUAAAAUUGAUAUGCCCGAGCUGCCAGACAAUAUUCUUUUUGAAAAAGAUGUAACGCCAGAUAAUGAUUUUUGGAUAUCAUGUAUUUUGAACCCAUCGUUGGAAAUCAGGUAUGUGAACGGUAUAGUGACAAAAAUAUUGGACACUGACAAGUGUCUCAUUGACAACAAAUAUCAUUAUCAGCCAAAAACCGAAAAGGAAAUUCGAAACUUCCCAUACAUAGAGCUCAACAGUCCUGUCAGGAUAUCUCUCUUUAGAGAAAAGAACUCUAACAAUGCAGAGUGGAGAGUCGCAAGUUGUUUCCUAUCUAAAGACGGCCCUCGUCAUCAGGCCAAUAUAAUAAGAUCAAACGAGUCUGUCCGUGUUCUUCUCGAUGAUAAUGGACCGACUUCCCAAUCUAAUGAUAUUGUUGAAAAUGAUGAUUUCAAUAAUCAAAUGACUAUUGAAGUGUUAGGUGACAUGCCUAAAGUAAUUGGUUUUGAACACCAAACUAUUAUACAGAUAUUAUUUAGAAAUAACAGCUGUGUUGAGGAUAAAACUUUAAUUGAUUAUCAAACCAUGCAAGGAAACAAAGUACAAUUGUCAAUUGUUAAUAAAAAUAAGUUGCCUAUAAUAAUUAAAGCGCAGUCAGAAUAUAUUUUUGACAUUACUCUUAAAGGAAAGUAUUUAGGAAAAUCUACUGAAAAGGUUGAAUUUAUUUUUGAAGAUAUUACUUACAAAGUAGGCAUAAACAUUGAUGUUAAUGAUUCAAGAUUAAUUCUUCCAUGUAAUCUAAGUGUUUAUUCUAGAAAAGAAAUCGAUAUGCAGAGAUUAUUUGAAUUGCAAAAUGAUCCAAUAGUUCCUGGUAUUCGAAAAGGCUCUAGAGUACAGUUUCCAUCAGUCCGAUUAGCACAGUGGAAUAUUCCAUCUCAAUUGACAAAAUGUUACUGGUUAGAAAAUGGAAAAUUCAAUAAAAAUGUAUUAUCUGAAGUUAAAAGUAACAUUCAAAAGUUUUAUCCAGCUGCUUUUGAAAAUCUUACCUACGAGAAUUAUAAAGCAAAAUAUCAUACUCUUUUAUUUAUGGAAGAAAUAGAAAUUACAGCAGCUCUUCAAAAAUAUGCACAAGAAAGAAUACAUUUUGAGAAUGCGGGUGAAUAUUUAGUUCUAAAAAUACCUGAUCUUUCUGAACAACGACCUUCAUUAAUUUCUGGUGAUAGAAUAGCAGUUACAGAUCCACCAAACUGUGUUAAAAGAUUAGGUGAAAAUGGAUGUUAUGAAGGCAUAAUCCAUAAGGUUUUAGCAAAUGAAAUAUGGUUGAAGUUUGAUCCAGAAUUUCAUAGUAUAUGUGGCCAUUGGGAUUAUAGUGUGAAUUUUUUCAAUGCCAGAAUGAUGUAUCGAAAACAACAUGAAGUAAUCAAUGAAAUGUGGAAAAAGAACAGAUUAGGUGAAUCAUUCUUGUUUCCAUACAAAGAUUCUUUGGAAUAUCAGCCUUCAAAAUUAAAGAUCCUAAGCGAUGAUGAAAUAAAAACAGAUAACACCUAUGAGGAUAAUUUAAAAAAAGAUAGCAAUACUUUGUUACCAAAACCAAAGAUUGUGCAAAAAAUCAGAUGGUUUAAUAAUAAAUUAAACUUAGAACAAAGAAGUGCAGUCAUUAAUAUUCUGAAAGGUGAAGGGAGACCAAUGCCUUAUAUUAUUUAUGGACCUCCUGGUACCGGUAAAACAGUGACUAUGACAGAAAGCAUCAUUCAAGUGUACAAAGAAUUCUCUAAAAGCAAAUUGUUGAUUUGUGCUCCAACUAAUUCUGCUGUUGAUAUAUUACUAUCUAAACUUGUAAAUUCUGGUUUAUUUGAUAACACUAUUAUGAAGCGUUUAGUUGGCUAUAAUUAUUUUAUUGGUUCGUCGUAUAACAUGGAAUAUGAUGAAUAUUGUGGUUUACCUGAACUUGAGAGUUCAUAUUAUGGUGAUAGCGAAAUAGAUCCUAGGUUAAUCAAAAAACAGGAUAUUCUCAAGUUACGAAUAGUUCUUACCACUGAAGGAACAGCUGGAUUAUUGUAUAUGAUGGGCUUAAAGAGUGGAACCUUCACACAUAUAUUUAUAGAUGAAGCUGGACAAUCAACAGAACCAGAAAUGUUAUUACCACUUUCAUUUUUGGAUCCUUACCGAGAUGGACAAGUUGUAUUGGCUGGAGAUCCCAAACAGUUAGGACCUGUUGUUAUGUCAAAUUUAGCAAGCAAAUCUGGUCUGGGAUUGUCCAUGUUAUCUCGUUUUAUUAAUUACCCAUCAUACUUGAGAGAUACUGAUAUUUUUCCAGAACACAAUGGUUAUAACCCAAAACUUAUUACAUACUUAAUUCAGAAUUAUCGAGCUUUGCCAGAAAUUGUAUUGAAUUAUAAUACUUUAUUUUAUAAAUCAUUAUUAGUGCCAACUAUAUUGAAUGAUAACGCACAGGAAAGAAUAUUAUUAAACAAUUUGAAUGAAAAUGCUCACUGGGAUAUAGAUUGUAAAGGACCAGUAAUUGUGCAUGGUAUAGUUGGUGAAGACAGCCAAGAUCCCAAUAGUCCUUCAUGGUUUAAUCCCCAUGAAGCUUUUCAAGUAUUAUUGUACUUUACAAGAUUGAUGAAGUCUGGAAUAUCUGCUGAUGACAUUGGAAUUAUUACUCCAUACUCUUCUCAAGUUUCCAAAAUUAAUGAAUUACUAAAAAUGUACCAUUCAGAUAUAAAAUUACCGAAAACCGGCACAGUAGAAAUGUUUCAAGGUCAAGAAAAAAUGGUUAUUAUCAUAUCAAUGGUUAGGAGCAAAUCCACAACAGGAAGUGAAAAGGAUAAGAAAUUUAGUGUCGGUUUUCUUGUUGCUAAAGAACGCACCAAUGUUGCAAUAUCUAGGGCAAAAGCAUUACUUAUAAUAAUUGGAAAUCCAUCAACAAUGCAAAUGAAUUACUAUUGGAAAUUUAUAUUAUCAGAAGCAAUCAAAAAUAAUAACUAUAUUGGAUGUAAUGUUCCUGAAUACCAGAAAUAAUCUGAAUACUAUAUCCAAAAUUAAAUCAUUAUCAAUUUUUCAGUUUAAAUUGUAUUAUUAAA